UUUCUUCAGUUCCUUCCAUCCCUGUUUCCGCAAUGACUCAGAGAACAGUCCGGAGGAGAUCCGGCCAUGGAACCCAGGAGUCCUGACGCCCAGCCCCGCCCCCGCGGCAAUGCACUCGACCCCCCUCUUCUCCCACAGGGCGGGCUACAGCCCAGGAGCCCUGGCGCCCAGCCCCCUGCUCUGCCCACUCAGCUCCCAGAACUGCGAUCAGAACCCAGGAGUCCGAGCGUUAGCCACUGCCGUGCUGGCUCCCAGGCUGCUCUUCAGGUAGCUUGAAAUGCCCCUUUCAGGAGAAGCCUGCUCAAUGAGAGGCUCCCCACACCUGUUAUUCGCCCUUCACCUGGGUAGCCCCGGGAGUGCUGCAGGCACAGGUGCCAGCGGAUUGGCUCCGGGUGACACACGUGGGGACGUGACGCCAGCAGACGGGACAGGAUCUCAGGCCCGAUGGAUCCCCCGCGCUCCCAGCUGGAGCCCGGUCCCUGCCCCGGUUCCCAGCCGGGGGGCGGAGGCCGGCGGCUCCCCCGGGGCUCCCCGGACCAGCCGCUGCCGGAGCCCCGCGGGCGGCAGGACAUGGAUCGGCCUGCCCUGGGCGAGGAGGGGAGCGGCCUGGCACAGGAGCUGGUGGUCGCUGCGGCUGGCUACCAGGCGCCGGUGGGGUUCGAGGAGGUGGCCGUGUAUUUUUCCCGGGAGGAGUGGGGCCUCCUGGACGAAGGGCAGAGGCAGCUCUACAGGGACGUCAUGCAGGAGAACUACCAGACUCUCAUCUCGCUGGGAUUCCCUGUCCCGGCCGUGAUCCCCAGGAUGGAGCGAAGGGAAGAGCCGAGAGUCCCUGAUCUCCAGGGCUCCCAGGAAAGGGAGAACCUGAUGGUCAUUUGCACAGGGAACAAGCCCUGCCUGGAUUCUCCCUCUCUCCCAGUAGGUGCUGGGAUGGAGGAGGAUAAUCCCGAGCAGGAAGGGCCUGCAGGAAGGGAGCCUUGUGGGAUGUCCUGGAGUGCUGAGCAGGGAGAGGCCAGUGGAGUUGGACGGCAGCAGGAGACGGACACGAUAUCUCCGGAUGAGAUGGACAUCAGGGUGGUGACAGAGCACAACCAAGCCCAGGCUGAGGCACGUCCUUACAGCUGCUCGGACUGCGGGAAGAGCUUCAGCCAGAGCUCCCACCUGGUCCAGCACCAGCGCAUCCACACGGGCCAGAAGCCCUACAAGUGCACCGAGUGCGGGAAGUGCUUUGUCCUCAGAUAUAACCUCAUCGAUCACCAGCGCAUCCACACCGGGGAGCGCCCCUACAAGUGCGGCCAGUGCGGGAAGAGCUUCAUCCGGAGUUCCCACCUCUUCCAGCACCAGCGCAUCCACACGGGCGAGCGGCCCUACCAGUGCACCAAGUGCGGGAAGAGCUUCAAAUGCAACUACACCCUGGUGAAGCAUUACCACACCCAUGCUGCAGAGCAGCCUUGCUUCUGCAGUGAGUGCGGGAAGAGCUUCAGCCUGGGAUCCUUCGCCAAGCACAUCCGCACGCACACGGGCGAAAAGCCCUACACCUGUGCCGAGUGCGGCGAGAGCUUCAGCAGCAGUUCCAACUUGAGCCAGCACCAGCGCAUCCACACCGGAGAGAAACCCUACAGCUGUGGCCACUGCGGGAAAAGCUUCAGCCAAAGCGCCAAUCUCAUCAAGCACCGGCGCAUCCACACCGGAGAGAGACCCUACAGCUGCCCUGAGUGCGGCAAGACCUUCAGCCAGAGCUCGUCGCUCAUGCGGCACCGGCAGAUCCACCGCAGAGACCGGCCUUACGAGUGCACCGAGUGCGGGAAGUGCUUUCGCUGCAACUCAUCCCUGAUGAACCACCAGCGCAUCCACACCGGGGAGCGGCCCUACAAGUGCCCCGAGUGCGGGAAGGGUUUCAUCAAUAGGUCCAGGCUCACCAACCACCGGCGCACCCAUACUGGAGAGCGGCCCUACAAAUGCACCGACUGCGGGAAGGGCUUUGGAGACAGCUCCGCUCUCAUGAAGCACCUGAGGACGCACACCAAUGUGAAGCCAUACAAAACUGCUGUUUGUGGUAGGAACUUCAGCCACAGCUCCAAACUCAUGACCCACCAGAGGACCCAUAGCAGAGAGUGGCCGUACAGUUGCCACCUGUGUGGGAAGAGCUUUGUGAGCAGUUUGCACCUGCUCAGCCAUCAGCGGGUCCACACAGGUGAGCAGCCCUACAGGUGCGAGGAGUGUGGGAAAAGGUUCCUCUGGAACUCCAAGCUGAUCAGCCACCAGAAGACCCACACAGGGGUCAAACUCCAUCGCUGCUCCCAAUGCGGAAGGUUCAGCCAGAGCUCGACUCUGAUGAGACACCAGAAGAUCCACACAGGACAGAAGCCCUGCAAGUGUCCCCAUUGCGGGAAGAGCUUCGGUGAGAGGUCCAACCUGCUCACCCAUCAGAAGACCCACCUGGGUUACAGAUCCUACUUCUGCCCUGAGUGUGGACAGAGCUUCAGACAGAGCUCCAACCUGAUCCGGCACCAGCGCAUCCACACUGGGGAGCAGCCCUACAAAUGCUCUGACUGCGGGAAAGGCUUCAACCAGAACUCGGACCUCAUGAAACACUGGAGGAUCCACAUGUCAGAGAGGCCCUAUAGUUGCCCCCAGUGCGGGAAGAGCUUCAGCCAGAGCUCAACCCUGAUUCAGCACCAGAAAACCCACAUAGGAGAGAGACCCCAUAAAUACCCUAAGUGUGGGAAGAGCUUUAGCCAGAACUCAGCCCUGAUCAAACACCAGAGGAGCCACAUGGGAGAGAGACCCUAUAAAUGCCCCGAGUGCGGGAAGAGCUUUGGUCAGUGCUAAAUUCUCACUCAGCACCAGGAGACCCACAGUGGGGAGAGACCCUACAAAUGCCCCAUGUGUCAGAGAUGGUUCAGCCGGAGCUCCAACCUCAUCGAGCACCAGAGAGUCCACUUGGGCAAGAGACCCUAUAAAUGCCUGGAAUGUGGGAAAUCCUUCAGCCAGAGCUCCCACCUUGUCCAGCAUCAGAGAAUCCACACGGGGGAAAAGCCCUACACCUGCCCCGAGUGCGGGAAGAGCUACCGGCAGGACUCGCACCUGGCCCAGCACCGGCGCUCCCACACCGGCGAGCGCCCCUACAAGUGCACCGAGUGCGGCAAGGCCUUCUCGCAGAGCUCCAACCUCAUCAUCCACCAGCGCACCCACACGGGCGAGCGCCCCUACACCUGCGGGGAGUGCGGGCGCAGCUUCGGGCACAGCUCGGACCUGGCCCAGCACCGGCGGGUUCACACGGGGGAGAAGCCCUUCCCCUGCCCGCAGUGCGGCAAGCGUUUCGCCCAGAGCUCCAAGGUGGCCCAGCACCAGCGCUUCCACACCGGCGAGCGCCCCUUCGGCUGCCCGGACUGCGGCAAGGCCUUCCGGCUCAGCGCCGACCUGCUGCGGCACCGGCGCACCCACACCGGCGAGAAGCCUUACGGCUGCGCCGAGUGCGGCAAGCGCUUUGUGGAGAGCUCCCACCUCAUCCGGCACCAGCGCACGCACAUGGGCGAGCGGCCCUACCGCUGCCCGCAGUGCGGCAAGGGCUUCAACCAGAGCUCCAACCUCCUGCAGCACCAGCGCACCCACCGGGGCGAGCGGCCCUACGUCUGCGGCGACUGCGGCAAGGCCUUCGGCGUCAGCUCGGCGCUGCUGCAGCACCGGCGCACCCACACCGGCGAGCGGCCCUACCGCUGCCCCCAGUGCGGCAAGAGCUUCAGCGUCUCCUCCACCUACAACAUCCACCGGCGCACCCACACCGGGCUCAAGCCCUACGCCUGCGCUGACUGCGGCAAGGCCUUCAGCCGCAGCUCUGCCCUGCUCCAGCACCAGAGCACCCACACCGGGGAGCGGCCCUACCGCUGCAGCCACUGCGGGAAAGGCUUCGGGCAGAAGGCGGCCAUGGCCCAGCACCAGAGGACUCACCUGGGCCAGGAGCCGACUGGAGUGAUCCCCCUGGGGGACUGGGGUGCGUCCCAGAGCCAGCGGGAGGAGGAGGAGGAGGAGGGUGAUGAGGCAGGAAGCAAGGAGAGCGCCGGGCUGGGGUGACUGGGACCAGGGCACCGGGAAGGGAAUAUGUACCUAGUGGGGCAACGAAGGGAAAUCUGGAAGCUGCAGUGGACGCUGAGGGGAUUGGUAGUAGGAGGAUCACUGUGACGGCUCGCGGCGGCCUGGUUCCAGCUCCUAGGUAGAAGGGAAGGGGACCACGUGUCUGGUGGGAAUGGGUGGCAGGGGACAGGAAGGGCCGCACGUAUCUGGGGGGAACGGGAAGGGCCGUGUCUGGAGGGAACAUAAGAAUAUAAGAACGGCCCUACUGGGUCAGACCAAAGGUCCACCUAGCCCGGCGUCCUGUCUACCGACAGUGACCAAUGCCAGGUGCCCCAGAGGGAAUGAACAGAACAGGCAAUCAUUG